AUGUGGAUAUUCAGAACGUUAGUUUGGUUCCAAGGAAUUUUAUUUUCUGAAGAAUUUCGAAAACCAACCCCUAUGAAUUCAGAAGAAAUUUUUGAAAGGAACAGGGUGGAUCCAGAAUGUUUUAUGAAUGUUAGUGAAAUUGUUAGGUAUCAUGGAUACCCUGCUGAGGAGCAUGAAGUUGUGACUGAAGAUGGUUAUAUCCUUAGUAUUAACAGAAUUCCUGGUGGAAAGAACAGUGGGAACAAAGGAAAAAGGCCGGUGGUGUUUUUGCAGCACCCUCUCCUAGGAGAUGCAACCCACUGGAUUUCUAACCUGCCUAAUAACAGCUUGGGCUUCAUCCUAGCAGAUGCUGGCUAUGAUGUUUGGUUAGGAAACAGUAGAGGGAACACCUGGUCUUCAAAGCACAAGACUCUUAAACCCAGCCAGAAAGAGUUCUGGAGGUUCAGUUUUGACGAGAUGGGUAAAUAUGAUCUUCCAGCAGCAGUAUACUUUAUCCUGGAAAAAACUGGACAGAAGCAGCUCUAUUAUGUUGGCCAUUCAGAAGGGACAGCUAUAGGUUUUACAGCAUUUUCAACUAAUCCAGAGUUGGCUCAAAAAAUCAAAGUCUUUUUUGCAUUGGGUCCAGUAGCCACAAUUACCUAUGCAACCGGCCCCCUGAUAAAGGUUGGGACUUUUCCUGAAUCCUUGAUCAAGUUCUUCUUUGGUAACAAGGGAAUUUUUCAACAAUAUGAACUUCUGAAGAAGCUUGUUAUAAACCUGUGUACACACUUGAGUAAAUUCUGUACCUCGGUCCUCUCUUUUGUGGGUGGCUGUACUAUGGCAAAUCUAAAUAUGAGUCGCGUGGGCAUGUAUGUAGCACAUUCACCUGCUGGAACAUCUGUGCAAAACCUACUACAUUGGCGUCAGGUAUACUUUGCAAAACAAUUCCAAGCUUAUGACUAUGCAUCUAACGUAAAGAAUAUGGAGAAAUACAAUCAGACAACUCCUCCUGCCUAUGAAAUAGAAAAAUUGAAAAUGCCAACUGCCAUUUGGAGUGGAGGACAUGACUUGUUGGCAAAUCCAAAGGAUAUGGACAUGUUAAUCCCUCGAUUCACUAAUCUAGUUUUUUAUGAGUGUUUCCCUGAGUGGGAACAUCUAGAUUUCAUUUGGGGUCUUGAUGCAGCCAAGCGUAUGUACACAAAAAUCAUUGACCUGAUGAAGAAGUAUCCCUAA